GCCGGGAUGCAAGCGGAUACGAGAUUCAGGAGCCGCGGUUAACGACGACCUUCCACGCUUGUUCUCUAGUCUUCCGCUGUCGACAUACAUAACCUCGUGAUUACAACACAAUGGCCCCUAAAAGAGGCAAGGUUCAAAAAGAGGAAGUCCAAGUAAGCUUGGGUCCUCAAGUUCGAGAAGACGAGAAAGUUUUUGGAGUGGCCCACAUUUUUGCCUCUUUCAACGACACUUUUGUCCACGUUACUGACUUGUCCGGACGAGAAACCAUAGCUCGUGUCACAGGAGGAAUGAAAGUGAAGGCUGACAGAGAUGAAGCUUCUCCUUAUGCCGCUAUGUUGGCUGCUCAGGAUGUUGCUGAAAAAUGUAAAACAUUAUCAAUAACUGCCCUGCACAUAAAACUCAGAGCAACAGGUGGAAACAAGACGAAAACACCAGGACCUGGUGCUCAAUCAGCCUUAAGAGCAAUUGCCAGAUCUGGUAUAAAGAUUGGAAGGAUAGAGGAUGUUACGCCUAUUCCUUCUGAUUCCACAAGAAGGAAGGGUGGGCGACGUGGUAGAAGGCUUUAAAUUAAGGUUAUGGUGUAUGGUGUGGUACAUUAUAUUAUAAUAAACUUGUAAAAAACAUUUUUUGCGUAAUGAAACAUAUUUUAUUAUACUUCCUUUACUUGCUUGUAUUAAUUGAAUUAUGUUUUGUCAAUAAAAUGUAUGAAAGUAA